UUAGCUUACAGAGAAAGAACGAGCUGAAAUGCGUCAGUAUAGAAGAGAGGCAGUCAAAUGUGAAGCCAAAAUGUUUGAAAGAAGAAGAGAGAGGUACUCAGAUCUACUCUUACAAGUCAUGUCUGUCACAGAUAGGAUUCAGAAACAAAGGGAUUUGAGGAAGUCAACUGAAGCUCAAUUUGAUGAUCAAGACUUGAGAGAGAGGACACAUACUACUGAAAAUGAUGAGACAGGAAGCAGAACUUUAUAUAGAAAAGCACCCCUGCGUGGACCUAUUUCAAUGCAUCCAGGUGAAAUGUACUCUAUUUUGGAGCUAAGUGGAGAGAAUCUUGAUUUUCAUAACCGCGAUGAAGCAUCAAGAGGAAACAGACACAACACUGUGGCUGAGAAUAUUCUUGGUGGUGUUACGGUUAGAAGAAAAAGUGAGCAGAAAAACAUGAACCCUUUAGUUACACAGAUGGAUCCUAAGAUCUUCCCACAAGAAGUGGAUGAUAGGGUAUUGUUAACUUCUAUAUUGGACAUAUCAACCGUGAUAUUUAAACUUGAUGACAAUUCCAUUUCAAGAUACCCAGGGCUGCAAAUAACGGCCAGUCAACGGACAAUUUCCGGUCAAAAUUGGAGUUCGGACUGUUAA